AUGAUAAAGACAGGUAUACCCGGUUUGGUUUGCUUGAUCAUUAGCUUGCUCAGUGUAGCACAAGCGCUGGACGUGACUAAUUCUUACAGAUACUACCCCACGAACGCAACAUUCCUACAUUUUGAUGCCAACAAAGGCUCUUUCAACUGUCCCAUUCCUUGCACCUCAUAUUACACUGCGACCGAUUGCACCGUCAGCCCGGAAAAGACCAAGACCACAGAAUAUUGCUCCAAAUCGUUUGGACGCGGUGGGGCAGCGGCAAAAAUUUGUACAAAUGUUGUUGGUAAAGAGACAAAGCAGUACAGUUGCACAGGGGUAGAUCCCAACUCAAAAUUUGUAUGUUCAGGAUGCACCGCCAUCACUUCCUAG